UAAAUGUUUUAUGCCAUGACGAAAUACGCAACUAAGCCUUCUAGUAAGAUUGAAACUAUGGCCGGUUCAGUGGAAGAAGCCCGUCGAGUGAGAAGACAGAGAUUGCUUCGCUUUUCAGAAGAACGAUUCAAGAAGAUUCUGCAGAGCGAUAACGAUUUUGACAACAACUCGGACACCGGUGAACUGAGUCAAAGCCCUCUACAAGCAGAAGAUGACUCUAAUGCUGACCCUUCAGAAUGUCAGUCUGCUGAAGAUAUUGGUAUUGGACUGAGGCACCGUACUGAAGGAACCAGUUCCCGGUCAGUUUCGAAAGAGCUCACUCCCGAAGCAAGUUUACCAAAAACAGAGAAAACCUACACUCACAAAACGGUAAAGACAAACGAUGCAUUUGCCGAGAGUAAAUUUCCUGGAAUCACAUCUGGUGGUUCGGCAACCGGCUCACAGAGAGGAACGUCUUCUCCCUCAUCUUCCAAUACCACAUCGGCUACAUCGUCGGCAUACGGUGGCAAUCGUUUCCCUCCUGGAAACGCCUCUAAAGCCACACUAUCUUUGCUCCAUUUCGACUUCGCUCGUUUGGUCAGUUGUAUGAUACUUGCCUUCAUCACUCGCAAGAUCCUUAAUUCCUCUUGGAGUUUAUUCUUUGCUGAGUCUAUCAUCGUGCCCUUUACUUUGCUACAGUUUGGAUUCUACACAUUUCUGCCCAGAUUCUGUAAGGCCGUUGUUUUACCCAAGAGAGGAUCUCUGAUAGACAGUGGCCUCGCUCUCUGCGGUGUGGAUCGAAGCUUCAUUGACACUUACCAACGUCUAAUUGCCUACACAACAUCAAUUGCAGAAGACUUUGCUGUCUACAUGUUUACUUUCUUCCUUGUAGACAGCAUAAUUGGUUAGGCAGAUGCUGCCAUUCUCAUCAUUAUCAUCAUCAUCAUUAUCAUUUCAAUUAUUAUAAUUAUUAAUAAUAAUAAUA